AAGUCAACGUCAACAAUAAAAUAAAAAUAUAAUAUUUCACAAGGUGAUCAAAGAACGUAAUAAAGAUGAGUAUGCGCGAGGAAGAUCGGCAGAAAAACAACAACUGUCCAAGCCGCGGUCUCGGCUUGGCGGCUGCGGCUCUAGGUGUUGGUGUUGGGGCUGCGCUGUACUACUUCCUCAGCAAGAAACCAGAAAACCCUGAUGGAGAAGGCUCGACCACAGGCUGGUCCUGCGAGCAACCUCAUACCUUCAACUUUCUAUCGGACGAUACCGACAUCGACACAAGCAUGGAGAACAACUGCAACAAUUCAACCACCUCCUUCGAAGACUCAUACACCACCAUCUCAGAGACUACCACCACUGACACCAGCAUGCACUCUGACUCGGAGGACUCUUAUAUCAAUGUGACACCCAACUUAGAGGAGUCCCUCUCCGAGGACGAAUGGGAUGUGACUGGGUCGUUAGAUAUUCCGAGUGAAGAGGGAAGAAUCAGUAUCAGCGUGUCGCCGACUUGGGGCUUUGGAGCGCUUUUUGGCCUUAGACCUACUGAGCGGAGGCUUAUAACAUCACAAGAGGAGCGGGACAUUUUGCGCGCGCAGGCGUUGUCCGAAGAAGAACAGAUAAAGUUCCUUAACGCGCAGAAAUUCCGCGAACGCUCGUGGUCCCUCGAGGAGUGCUCCAUUUGCUUCGAGAUCAUGCUCAAAGACCAGGACCUGACCAGCCUGCCGUGCGCCCACAACUUCCACUCGGCCUGCCUGGCGCCCUGGCUGGCGGAGCAGCAGACCUGCCCCAACUGCCGCAAGGCUGCCGAAUGAAGCUAUUACUUCACGUUUUCUCAUCGUGUCACUGAGGCGAGCGUGAGACAGGUCUCCGCGCAAAACAACGCAUCUGCCAGGUUGGUGAACCUCUGAAGAUACAUCAAGAUAAGCUAAACAAGCAAUAUUUCAUCAUAAGUACUUAAAACAUCUAAAAUUUUUACUGAAACAUUCUUAAAACUUGACUACAUUACUAGCAAAAAGUUAAAAAAAAAAUAGCCUCGAAAGCCUAACCAAGCUAGCCAAGUCAAAACUUAUAACUGUAAACAAGUAAACACGGAUUGCGAUGUUUAGAAGUCGCGGUAGUAUGUUAGUUUGUAUUGCAGUACAGUCCGAAUCGAGAUAAAAACACGUCAAAAGUAUACCAUUCGCUAAUAGCUUAAUAUUUUAUAUUAUCUUAUCUUAAGAGGAAAGGGGACGGCGGCUUCUCCAUACCAACGUCCCCAUUUUCCUCUCUGGAUAUUGACAUUAUGGAAAAUAUUGUUACAUAAACGUUUGACUAGAUUUUUUGAUUAUUGGAAAAAUUAGGAGCGAACAGAUUUCAUACAAAUUUUUAAAUACUAACUUUUAUCAUAAUUAAAAAUUCAAAAAAAAUCCAACGUAGUGGCAUAGCUGUUGCAAUAAAUUGUGUCAAAAUAUUUUCAAUAAUGUUAGUAUCCAGAGAGGAAAAUGAGGACUACGUUUGUAUGUGAAGGCGAGGCGCGCGGGUCCUUUACUUUCGUCUUAACUAGUGUUAAGACUGAAAAAGGAUUCCAGAUUGGCAGAUACUUUGGAGCGUUUUCAUCCGCCACUAUAGGGACCUUGCGCGUUGGAGGAUCUGCCAUCUUGUGGCCUGAAUCGGAAACAAACAUGUACAUCGCCAAAGCAAGUGCUACCAUCUACCGUUCUCGUAAUUUUUUCUUGUGCAUAGUAGGUUCUGCCAUCUCGUGGGCUACAUCGGAAGCAUAAACUUCACAUUUACGCCUUGCGCCAAAAAUCUGGCGGCUCCUGUGCUGCCCCCUAUAGUUCAUCAACGCUGACUGUAACUAUAGUUUCUUCUAGUAGUUAUUUCAUAGACGAUGUUUCUCUCUACCAAUGACAUAUUUAAUUCGAUUUUUUUUUUCUUCAGAUGUCAGCCAAUCGAUAUCAUAAGAUUACGCCUCUUUAAGUUCUCAUAAAAAUAUUAUAUCAUAUCUAUGACUAAUACUAGGUGAUUUUUCCUGUGAAACCUAACUAUGACGGUCCUAAUAACUACUAUAGACGCAAUAUCAUAUUUACAGUAGCGGCAAAAAAUCUAUCAUAUAAUCAUAUUGUUAUUUUUUCGCAGGCAGGUAUUGCGAAAAUACGCGAAAUUAGUAUUGAUUUAUCAAUAGUAAUUUCGUUUUGUUUCUAUUACAUGGCCAUGGGCCAUGGCCCUAUAAUUCGUUUUCUAGCAUUAGAAAGAAGAUAAGCUUUCUUGACGUAUCUUUUUAUUGAAAAAAAAAAAACGAAAAAUAAGUCACGGCAAAUAUAUAACAGUUAAAAUAAAUCAUAUACGAUCAUUUACAUUAUUUUGCUUUCAUAAGUAAUAGUUACUAAUUGUUUAAAAGCGGUUUUCGAUAAAUAGGCACGUCAAGAUUGUUUAUCUUUUUUCUAAUGCAAAAAAAAACGGAGUACCUAUAGAGAGACGAAUUCUUUAGACAUUUGAGGGUAGAAUUUCAAAAGUUUCAAAACAUCAAAAUCGAUUGAAGCCAGAACGAUAGGGGACGGAUCAAGGCAGUUUUUUAUUUGGUUGGUUAACUAAAAAAAUGUUUUAAGUACCUGAAAAUGUAAAAAAAAAACUUUGUUUACUUAUCUAAAGAAAUACACUAUGGACACAUCACGUGUUAUACGCGUGUUUUCUAUUUACUUAUCACAAGAUUUAUUUUUCGUGUUCUCGAGGUAUUGAGCUUUUUUCCCGUCUCGACAGAGGACAAAUUUCUCGAGAUUUCUCGCCUCGAGAAUUCUCGAGCAGAAACCCUACUACCCUACUAGUCUUUAUAUCAUGUAAACAGUAAUUGUAUCAUCAUCACGACCAUCUAUAUAUACUUACGUCCCACUGCACGUGUCAACAUAGGCAGCCACUUUAGCACAAUGCGGAUUGGAUACUUCACACGCACCAGUUAAUGUUGAAAUUCUUAUUUGAAAACAGCGAAUCAUACCAACAAUAAUUAUUUUUAAAAAUGUACCCCAGUUUAAUCAAAUUGUCGUUUUCAUACGCCGCUAUAUUGUAAAUUUCAUCGAAAUCUCUAGCCGUUUUUGAGAAAUUAAUAAAAAAAUAUGCAAAUGUAUCUGAAAAAAUAUGAUAGAUGAUUUGCCACUACUGUAUAUUAUUGUCUUUUAAAAUCUAGUCAUUGACUGUGUAGUUGACGGUUUUUGUAACUACAAGGAAAAUUCUCACCACUAAACUAAUUUGUGUAAAAAAUGUAUAUAUUUAAUGUUUUCGAUUUAAUAUUUCAAGUAGAAAUGAAAUCUGCCAUUAAUAUUUUAAACAUAAUGGCAUGUUUAUAAAUGAGACGAAUAUGCUUUCUUUUUAAUUGUUUUUUUUUUGCGUUAUUUAGAAUAGUAGUAAUAAGUCUUAUUGAGCAAUGAAUUUUAACCAAUAUGUAGUUUGAUUAUCAUGAGAGAAUGAGUUACGUUACGCAACUGUAAGAGUAUUCGUAAGACAUACAAAAUUUCAUAUUCAAUUCAAUUAAU